AAUACUCUUUUCUUCCCACCAACUGAUCCACUUUCAAAAUAAACUUCUUAACCGCUCCACCUUUCAAUUUUACAUUAUUUCUUCUCUCAUAAUCCCAUGUUUUGAUUCAUUCAAUUCUUAGGCUUUACCCUUUUUUCUUUUUGUUUUUCAAUCUUCAAACAAUGGGGAGAAUUGGGUUUGAAUCAUUAUUAGAUUCUAAAUCACAGUUGGUACUGGAAAUUUGCUCCAUUUCAACAACAAACCCCAUUGCAUGUUCUCACAGGCACCAUAUCGAACACCUUGUAAAGUCACCUUUCAUUGACUGGUAUCGUCUCCUUGGAGUUGCAGAAGAUGCCGGAUCAGAGCUUAUCAAAAGGCGUUAUCAUAAACUUGCUUUGCAACUUCAUCCUGAUAAGAAUAAGCAUCCAAAAGCUGAUGUUGCCUUCAAGCUUGUCUCAGAGGCAUAUUCAUGUCUUUCAGACAAUGUAAAGAGAAGAGCAUUCAACUCAGAGAGGUGGAAACACGUCUGCACUGAAUGCAGCAACAACAACCCACAUCCCAAUCCCAAUCCAUUGAUCAAUAACACACAAAACCCAUCAAAACCCAAGUCUCAACAACACCCAAUAAACAGUUCAAAACCUGGGAAAUCACUGCAAAUCUUGACAGAUAUAAGGAGCAGAUUGAAAGAGGAAAUAAGGGUAAUAGAACACUGCUUGAAAGUUAAUUCCAGGAAGGAAUCCCCAGUGUUCAACCCAUCAAACAACCAUCAUUGUCAUAAUGGGAUUAAACAUAGGAUUCAAAGAGAGACCCCUAUUUUUGAACCUUCAGAGUAUGCAUUUCAUGGCUACCCACACCUGAGGAGUGAGGUUUAUAGGGAAAGUGAUAGGUUUAGGCACUUGAAAAGAGGGAGUUUGAAGGGAAAGAGAGGGAGUUAUGGUACCCCAAUCUUUGAACCAGUGAAAGGGAGAUUUGGGGAUGUUUUUAAGACCCAAAUUUGUUAGGGUUUCAUUUAUGGAUCUUUCAUUCUUUUAGCAUUAAAAUUUAGAUUGCUUUUUUGGGUUUUGAAAGGAAUUUUGGUUUUUGAGGCAUUUGUGAAAAAUUUGACUUUAAGGUUUAAUUUAGUGUUUGAGAUUUUUUUUUUCAA